UUUGAUUUCUUUAAACGACACAGUUUCAUUUUCUCAGCGCAAAUUGAUCCUUCAAUCUCAGCUGAACUUGAAGCCGGAAAAGUGAUUUGAAAUCUGGUUCCCGUUCCAGGUGAAGAUGAAGAAGAUUGAUCUGAAGAAGGUAGCUCGUAAGAUCGAGGUCGAUAAUCGUAUUCGUCUCCGUAACUACUACCGCAUCGCCGAUAAUCUCCUCCGCCAGGCCGGAAUCUAUCGAGAAGAGAAGAACGUUGUAGAUUUGUAUAUCAUGCUCCUUAGAUACUCAAGUUUGAUUUCUGAGACGAUUCCUUUCCACCGAGAUUACCAGGCGUCGCUUACGCAAGAAAGACUUGGGAGUAGGAAGAGGCUUCGCGCUGUAAUCAACGAGCUUGAGUCUCUGAAGCCGGAGUUCGACAGGCGAGUGGAUGAGCUCGACAGAGCCGAUGAUGAACCGUAUAGCUCAGAUGCUGUUGAGUGGCCUCCUGUCAACAGAGCUUCAUACUUUAGACCUGGUGAUAUUAACAAGCCAGUAAGGCCGACAACAUCUCAAGCAACGUAUAACGCCGCUAAUCUGACUUCAUCUUCAAAUCGUACACCGAUUGAUCAGCAAUUCCAGAAGCUAUCUUUUGAUUUUCUGCCUCCAAACCAAGCAACCUUAUCUAGACAUUCAUUUCUAGGUCCAAAUGGUCUUAAAAGUCAGUGGGUUGCACCCAAGUCCGAGAUAAAGGUUCAAUAUCCGAGUAGUACCGAUUGGAUUUCUGCUGAAAAUUCAGGGUUGAUUGACGCUGGACCUAGCGCUUCCUCAACAUCACUUAAUGGUGAUUCUCAAGGGGUCUCUACGCUGAACUCUGUGCUCUCUUUAGAUGACGGUCGAUGGCAGCGUCAUUCGGAGGCGGUAACUUCCCAGUUUGUAAGUGACGCAACUGAAGACCCCUUUCAGUUUGUGGGUAUGAAGCAACCUUCCCCUCCUCCUGUGCUAGCCCAAGUGCAUCAAGAAUACGCCCAAAUUUGCCCAUCUAAAGUAGCUGAUCCUAGACCAGGACCUGCACUUCCUUCUUUAGAAGACAAAGAGGGCAGCAAUUCGUAUCAGCAUUUGCAUGUGCCUGUGCGGAUAAUGGAAGAUUUCUUAAGGCUAGCUCGGUCAAACACAGAAAGGAAUUUAGAAACUUGUGGAGUGCUUGCUGGCUCUCUGAAAAACAGGGUGUUUCAUAUCACUACUCUCAUAAUCCCGAAGCAGGAGUCUACCUCAGAUUCUUGUCAAACACUAAACGAAGAAGAAAUUUUCGAAGUUCAGGACAGACUCUCUCUAUUUCCCCUGGGUUGGAUUCAUACACACCCUACACAAACGUGCUUCAUGUCAUCAGUUGAUCUUCACACACACUACUCGUAUCAGAUAAUGCUCCCGGAGGCAGUUGCAAUCGUGAUGGCUCCAACAGACGAAACAACACCUCACGGAAUAUUCCAUCUGUCGGAUCCAUCAGGAGUAUCAGUGAUCCGUAACUGCCAGCAGCGAGGCUUCCACCCGCACGAAGAGUCAGAAGACGGUAACCCAAUCUACGAGCAUUGCUCACACGUCUUCCUCAACGCCAAGCUCAAAUACGAAGUCCUCGACCUCCGCUAAAACCAUUCCACUUACCCAGUCACAGCCAUGUUUCUAUUUUAAACCUCAGAGAGAUCAGAUUACAAAAAUAUUAAUAUGUUGAAGACCCUACCAAGUGGCUGAGAGCCAAACUUGAGUGAUUAUGAUUUGUGUUAAUAUGAUAUUGACUCCAAAAACGAAUAUACUACUUUACAUAUUCGUAUUAUACCAUUCAAAGCCUGGUUUGCUUGAAAUGAUGUAUUUUAUAUGUAUUUCAAAUUUACCUGUACUACUAUAGUGCAAAGACUCGAGAAUCAA